AUGGGAGCAUACAAGUACCUUGAGGAGCUUUUCAAAAAGAAGCAAUCUGACCUUUUACGGUUUUUACUCCGUGUACGAUGCUGGCAAUACCGCCAACUCAAUGCCAUUCAUAGAGCCUCACGACCCAUGCGCCCUGACAAAGCUCGUCGUCUUGGUUACAAAGCCAAGCAAGGGUAUGUGGUUUACCGUAUCCGUGUAAGACGUGGUGGACGCAAACGCCCAGUACCUAAAGGUGCAACUUAUGGUAAACCUGCCAACCAGGGUGUGAACCAAUUGAAAUUCCAGAGGAGUUUAAGAUCUGUGGCUGAGGUAGGAAGUCAAAGCACUCUUAAAUUUUCUACUACUUAAAAGCCGAUUUUUAUUUAUCAGAAAACCCUGACAGGGAGGUAUUUUCAGGAUAUCUUUCAAACUGUGACAAGUUAUGUGGACAGAUGAAUUUGUGAAAUUGUAAACAUUCUCAAUUUUUUGGGAUAGUUGACAAUGAAAUGGUAAAUUGAGAAUGUUUCUAUUUCCUUUAUGUAUUCCAUAUAUUUUUGAAUAAUUUACUUCAGUUUUGUUUGUUAAGGAUGAUGGUGUUUUAGCCUUAGUCCUGACAAUUUCAAUCGAGGGGGCUUAUUGAAGUGCUGAUUUCUUUAAAUUCCUUGAUGAGUAGCAUAUAGCAUUUUCUAUGAGUGGAAAUUUAAACUAUAUUUGUAAUAAAUAGAUCAGGGGUACUUGCCAAGGGAAUUUUUUUAAGAAGAGAGAUGGUUUUAAAUUCUUGUUCUCAAAGCUUGGCUAAUUCUUAGCUCUAGCAAAAAAAAAGUUGAUAUCUGCCUGCCUAUACAGAACACUUGAACCUAGGGAACUUUGUAAAUGGUUGAGGCAUCUGAUAAUCAUGAUAUGACGGUCCAUUGUAAGACUUGAUGACUCGCCAUGAAUUAGGCCAUGCCCCUUCACUUACUUAUGAGAUAUGAAGAAGUGAAGGCUCAAUUCAAGGGAGCCUUUGGUUUUUAACCCUUUCACUUCCAUGAUCUCAUCAGUAAUUCUCUCUACUGUCUGCUAUAUAAUUCUUAUGAUGUUGCUUUGGAGAAUUUGGUAUGGAUCAACUUGCAGUUCGUUAAUUUGUUAUUUUUCUUUAUUCUUAACUCUUGCCUGAUUGAUAUUGUGUAGAUAUUGUAUUGAUAUUGUAAGGAGAAAUUCUGUCUUGAUCACUCCUGGGAGUUAAAGGGUUAAGACUUCUUAAGCAUCCAAAGGAACUGAAUCCUUCUGUUGGGACACAACUUUUAGAAUUAGUUCUCUCUGCUUUACUGUUAUUUAACAAUAAAUAAUGGUGAGUUCAGUUAACUGAUGUUUUAAUCUAAAACUGUUUCACCAAAUCCUUGAGCAAUCUCAGCAUGUGGGCUGAAGGCAAACCUCCCAUGUUUUGCUGCUUAGGAUUUUUCAUUAUUGAAAUACAAAAUUUGUGGGAAGAAUAAAAACUUGUGCAGAUUUCCUCAACACUUUUGACAACCAAGUAUUUUGUUCUAUGCUAGCCAAUGGGGGGGAAAGAAGCUGUCAUGGAGAUACGGUCAGAGCUUUGGAUUGACUGAAGAAAUAAGCACAUUGUGCCAACCCUUAAACCACUGAUGUCAUUUGAACUGUAUUUUACAGGAGCGUGCUGGUCGAUACUGUGGUAGCCUGCGAGUCCUGAACUCCUAUUGGGUGGCUGAGGAUUCCACUUACAAAUUCUUCGAGGUGAUCAUGGUGGAUCCCUUCCAUAAAGCUGUUCGUCGUGACCCAAGAAUCAACUGGAUCUGCAAACCAGUACACAAGCACCGUGAGCUCCGUGGGCUGACCGCCGCUGGCCGUAAAAACCGCGGUAUGCGUAAGGGUCACGGAUACAACAAGGUGAUCGGCAGUUCCCGUCGUGGAUCAUGGAAGAGGCGCAAUACGCUGUCUCUUCGCCGAUAUCGUUAA